CAAAAAAUUCCCUGUAGUUCCAUUCACGAAAGGCUACACAUCAUGCCCCGUUCCUCUCGCUCUCGCCCUGCACCUGCUGCCAAACCAGCACCGGCACCUCAGCAGACUCGCGGCGCACACACCGCCGCGAUGCCUGCUUCGGCUGCAAACCACGGCAACCCUGCGCACGCACCCGCCCCACACGCUACCGCUGCUGCCCCGCAGGCACAGCAACCGGGCCUGUUUUCCCAAAUGGCUGCCACGGCCGGUGGUGUAGCUCUUGGCUCUACGAUCGGCCACGGUCUUUCGUCAAUGCUCUUCGGCGGCUCUGGUUCACAGGCUGCAGCUGCCCCUGCAGAGCAACCUGCACCGGUUCAGCAACAGACUUACAACAGGGGAGUCUCGUGCGAAAUGCAAGCAAAGGAGUUCACGCAAUGUUUGGAGAAGGCAGACCUACAGAGUUGCUCGUGGUAUCUCGAGCAGCUCAAAGCUGUGAGUUGGCUAUUGUAGAGCUAUUGACAGCAGAGUGCUUACGAAGUACGGA